GGAAAAGGAGUGGUCAUGUGACGUAUGGAUAGCUGCACAGCUAGCUAAAGUAUCUAAUCAUCAUUACAUUUUUUAACGCAGCAUAAUUUAAAUAAAUGUGAAUAUUAAACUUCCAGCAGAGUCAUGAAUGGGAGUACAAAUCCGCUCUUGGACAAAGAAGAACAUGUUUUGAAGCUCGGAGAGAGCUUUGAGAAGAGGCCAAAAUCGUCAUUUCACACCAUCAGAUAUGAUUUCAAACCAGCUUCAAUUGACACAAGCUGCGAAGGAGAGUUGCAAGUCGGUAAAGGAGAGGAAGUCACCAUCACAUUACCUCACAUUCCAGGCUCUACACCACCCAUGACAGUAUUCAAAGGGAAUAAGCGGCCAUAUCAGAAAGACUGUGUUCUUAUCAUCAAUCAUGACACUGGGGAGUACAUGCUGGAGAAGUUGAGCAGCAGUAUCCAGGUCAAGAAAACCAGAGCGGAGGGCAGCAGUAAGAUCCAGGCCAGGAUUGAGCAACAGUCGGUGCGUGCCACUGCCACCCAGCCUCCAGCGCAGUUCCGUGCCCCCACUAAGCCUGGUGCAGGCGCCAAGACCUCCCCCUCCCCUUCCAAGGACAACCCCUCCCCUGAGCCCCAACUAGAUGACAUCAAGAGAGAGCUGCGAGCGGAGGUGGAGGUUAUUGAACAAAUGAGCAGCAGUAGUGGUAGCAGCUCAUCUGACUCUGCCAGUGGCUCUGGUAGUGGGGACGACAGCUCCAGCAGUGAUGGGGAGCAUGACGCCCACCCCCAACCUGUCCCACUCCCUCUCCCCCAUAUCCAGCCCUCCCCCAACCGUAAUCCCAUGGCUAACGGAGGAGCAGACAGGCAACAGGGCAGCAACCAGCUGAUGAACACGCUCAGGAACGACCUCCAGUUGAGCGAGUCAGGCAGCGACAGUGACGACGACUGAACUGCCCCCAUCUACCUCUCAUUAUCAAGCCAUCUUGCUCUCCUCUUUCUUCUCUUUGCCUGGCUCCGUUGUUUUGCUGCUGUGGCAACCGACCCAACUGUAAAGUCUGGUUUUAUUGUAUUUUUUUAUAUCUCUUGAGAAACCCGGCCAACCUUGAGAUUUAAUAGUGUAUUUUUUGAUUAGCUGUAUAUUUUAUUUUGUAUUUUUAAAUCCUUUUACAUAUGAAAACAUGCUAAAGAAUGUAUAUAUUAGAAUGCAUAUAUAUAUAUAUAUUCUGUAGUUAGAGCUCCUAGUUGUAUCAACUUGUAUCACAAGUCUUUGUUGUUUUCUUGUUUCAUCACAAGGGGAGGGGCUUAUUUGGACUAUAUCGCCCCCAUCUUCCCUAUUUAUCUGGAAAUCAAAAGAAGGCACUGAAAGCAUUUCACCCAUUCUAUGUUUUUAUCAGAAUCAUGACACUUUCAAAAUCAGUCUUUUAAGAGGCCAGGAUGCAGCUCACAUCAAUCUAAGCUAUAGAGGAUACUAAAGGACAUACUCAUAUUUUUCAUGUAAAAUCAGUUUCAAUUGACCACUUACUAAAGUGUUUAGCUGGAAUAUUGACCUGUUCUGGUGAACAGGUAAAUGGUAGUAGAUGAACCUGUGUAAAUCCUUUACAUGUCAAAGCACUUUAGUUUAAUUGUAAUAUCAUCACUUUCAGCAGUUUCCACCUAAAAUAUUUUGCAUUGCUUUAACAGCACCUGUCUGACCAAACAGUUAAGUUCAACUAACAACCAGUACUUACGAGUUCAUCAUACCCUUUAUAGCUAAUAUUCGACUAUUUCCACAUCUAUCAUUCGACUUUCUGAUUCUGUCUCACUCAAUAGCUAGAUUGCCAUCCAAUUGGUGACAGAUUUUCAUGCGAUCAUUCUAAAAUCUGCAUUAAAACAACAUGUGCAUAUUCCCACCAGAUAUGUUUCCAUCAAAUCGAUGUGUUGCGGAUAACAGUAUGUGUGUGAUGACGUAGUGUACAUAAAUACACGUUUAAUGGGUUAAAGUUUAUCAUCAUUUAUUUCAUAUAGCCUAAUAAACUGCAUGCUUUCCGUAGUCGUAGUGGGAGGACCACACAAUAUCAUCACAUGACUCCAAAUUUAUUUCGAUAUUAUAUCAAUAUUUGCACAUGAAGGCGUUUCCACUGCCAUUUCUCGCAUUAUUAAUUUUACAGACACACUGUCUACUAUAUUUUGUUUUGUCGAAAUUUGGAAAGUUUACCGACAAAAAUGUGCUUUUUCCACCAGACCUGUCGUGGCAUUGUUUUAUCCGACAUGUACUUUACUCGCAUGAAAAGGUUGGAUGGAAACCUGGUUACUGGCCCAACCAUAUAUCACUGUCCCAAAUUUCCAACCGUAUAUCACUGUCCCAAAUUCCCAACCAUAUAUCACUGGCCUAGUUUCAGACCAGUGUAGACAUUUUCAGAAGGACCAAAGAAGCAAAACAAGUAGUUUUUAGAAUACAGACACCGAACUUCUAUUUUUACUUAGAAAUGCAUCUAUUUUCACUAGAUGUUGAGUUAUUCAUAAAAUGUAAACGCUGAUAUAAAAUGACCACUUGUUUUUUUUCAUCAGUUCCAUAUAUUCAACUGAUUUGGAGUGAUAGCAGUCACGUUGGAUCACAUCUUUUAAUUUAGCAACUGUUGUGACAGUGAAUAUCAUUUGAUACUCUAUAUCAUGUGCCCUGUAACAAAAUAAUCCCUAAUCCAAAAUAUCUUGAUGUAUCCCCCAUAGAGAUGUGACGUUGUGGCUGUAUCCCUGCCAUUGUAUCCCAGUGGGCACUCCACGUAAUUUAAACGUGGAAAUGUGGGUAAUAUUUGGUUGAGACGUUGAUCAAUGAAAUUUCAACCUUUAUUCACCCACUCAAAAAGUCAGCCAGAAGUUUGUUGAAUUUCCGAUAUGUUAUCACUAUGCAUUCAACCAUCCAAAUGCACAAUCAAAUUCCAAUUUGAAAAACGGUGAUUUCUAGUGUAGUUAUAAUCUAAAUGUUAUCACUGCGCUUUCAACCAUUUUAAACCACAAGGUUCAAAUGGGAAUAAAAUGUCAGAUAAUUUGUAUUUAUACAACAAUUUGAUGUGUUAUCACUGCACAAUUUAAUAGCACUACCAAAUGACCUGGAUUGCAGCUGAGACUACAUUAAAAUCACAUAGUACAAAGUGAUCAAUAAUGUUCGAGAUUCUGCUCAGAUUAUUAUAGCAAUUGUGAAGACCUCCACAGACCUGUGGUGUUUGAACAUGCACGCUUUCAAUUAUUACAGAAGACAUUUAUAGUUACUGUAGGCUAACCUCAAAAUGUGACCAUGGAUGUGUGUUACUCAUUUUAAGAUGGAAUAAAUACUGUUACAUUAGUUUGUAAGAUAGCCUUAACUUUAGGCUAUUUACUGUAUUCCAAAAGUCAGCCAAAUAUCAAUAUUUUAAAGGAUAUCUAAUGCUUGGAUGGUUUCAUCCUAUUCUUUAACUUUUAUUUUUUGGUUAAAUUGGAGACAUGAAUCCAACAUAUCAUUUGUUAACUUGUCGUCAAGUUAAUAGGCUAUUUACUGUAUUGCAAAAGUGAUAUUGAAUUGUGUUUUGUAUCAACAUUUGAAGGAGAUGUAUCUUUUUUGCCCUGAUUUAGUAUAGCUUUAAUUCCAAUUUGUCAACAAAUUAACAAUUUAUAUGUUGAAUUAAUGUCUCCAUCACAACCAAGAAUCAAAAUGAAAGAAUGUGACUAAAUCAAAUCAAAGUUUAAGUGCAUUUAAAGUCAGAUGUGAUUUAGUCCUAUUCUUUAACUUAGAUGUUUGGUUGAGAUGGAGACAUGAAUCCAACAUAUCAAUAAUUAAUUUGUAGACAAACUGGAAUUAAAGCCAGACUAAGUCAGUGGCACAGAUGGAACUAUCCAAUCAGAAGAUAAAUCUCCUUCAAAUGUUGAUAUUUGGUUGCGUUGACAACCAAAUACUAUUCAAUAUCCAGUUUGUCUACAAAUUAAUAAUUGAUAUGUUGGAUUUGCGUCUCCAUCUCAACCAAAAAUCUAAGUUAAAGAAUAGUACUAAAUCUAGUCAAACUUUAAAUGUACUUUACAUAAACUUUGAUGUAGUUCUAUUCAUUCACUUAGUCCUAGUCUGGUCAGUGACAAAUAUCAAAGCUAAGCAGGGCUGGGCUUGGUUAAAACCCUUGAUGGGAAACCAAAUUAAUAGCUGUAUAUAGAUCAACUCUCCAACAGAAGGUGCUGCUGAACCUAUUGGUUUUUUUCUGAUAGUGGAUAUGUCGUUGAAGAUCUGAUGUUGUUUCAAAAGUGCAAAUUCAACAUAUUUUAUACAAGGUUUGUCUAUGUUGAAAAUUGGUUACAACAAUGACAUAAUCUCGUUGAAAAUUGGUUACAACAAUGACAUAAUCCCGUGGUUGAAAUUCCACCCUCAAAAUAAGUUGACAUUGAUAGCUUUUUUAAAAAUCCAAUAUAUUUUCCACAUAGAUUCCAUGUCACAAAACAUUGACAAAUUUACGUUGAACCAACGUUGAUUCAACCAGUUUAUGCCCAGUGGGAUGUGUGUUCAUAAGGUGCUUACAUGGUAUUUAACUGGUGCUGUUGUGUGUCUGGGAAAUCAAGCAAGCGAUGUGUAUACAAAUGUAAUAUAAUGUUUUGUUAUCACAGCAGUUUGGAUCCAUGUAGUUGGAUGCUAUUUCCAAUGUGUGUCUCUCUGGCAUCCAGUGUUAUUUCUGACCCAUACUGUUUCUGUCCCAGUACAACCUCUCUUGCCACAUUUAUCGAGGUGGUUGACUUAUUGCGUUUAUCUCUAGGUUUUGUGCUUUGAGGUGUAUUAAAGUGUGCACAUGUAUUUAAAUUGAAUUAACGUUUUAUGUGUUAACCUCACAUCAGUCAACCAAAAUAAAGGAAGAAAACAGUCA